GAGGAGAAAGAGCUGAUGGACGGGGCCAUCGCCCACUUCGCGACGAUGGGCUACCCCAAGGCCGACAUCCGCAGCACCGUCGAGCAGCUCAUCGAGGUGUAUGGGGAAGGGGGAAUGUUGCACAUCAAGGCAGAUAAAUACAGCGUCGUGCUGGACGCGCUCUUUGAGAAGCAGGAGCAGGAAGAGCAGCCACAGCUGCUGCUGGAGCAGGAGGACCCUAAUACGCAAAAUGAAGCAGCAAUGUGCAAGGCACCAGUAGAAGGCGUCAUGUCAAUUGUGGAGGCGCACAAUGAGAUAUCAGCAAUUGAGGGAGCAGACCCUAUGCUCAUCGAUGACCUGCUUGCUCCUGAGGCUACACUGCCACAUCCUGCAGCUACUGGAAAUAGCCGUGCAAGGCGCCCCUGCUAUGGAUGGAUCAGCGAAUCUGAGAGUGAUUCGGACUAUGAAGAAUAUCUCGCCAGUCAACAGCACGAGGUGGAUGCUCCGAUCCCAGUAGAAUAUGCUUGUUCUGUACAAGGAAGCAACUGAGUAGAUGGGGUGCGAGCGAAGCCAUUUAACUGGUGAUUGUUCUGAUCCGUGAUCUUCCUUCUGCCAUCUUUGAUUUGAUGCUAGUAACCAAAAGUUGCCCUGGGUAGUCAGUAACUUCUUAUAGUUCUUGUCACACUUGUGCUUUUGAUCCUAUAUGGCAGAUGCUGACUGUAGAAUUUAUAUCUUCCUUGGCUGUGAACUGAAAAUACCUUCUAUAGUGAACGGUGAAUACAAGACUGACAUAUUGCAAACCAGAUACUAUAGACACAACACUGCUGCUGUAUAAAGAAUGCAGUUCAUCG